UACACGUGUGUGUGGCAGUAGCUUAAAAUGGCUGUCAGCUGAAUUUUGUGUGAUUAAACGAGUGCUUGAACUGUUUAUAUUCGCAUUAAAAUGUAUUUUCCAAUAGGCUGGCCAAGAAUAUUAAACGUACCUCGUUGUGGGCCCUGUCGGAUUCGUCAGGUUGUUUGUAACAGAGACAAAAUAUUGUUUGCUAUAUUGACAGAUGACAGUUUAUCCGUCUGGUUUUGUAAGCCAUGUGUGCCAAUUGUUUACCAUCGACGUGAACAAAACUCCAUUAAACAAUAUGGGACAAAUAUUCUUGUUGAGUGGAGACCAGAUUCUAGCAUGCUGGUUGUUGCUACAUCAGACAGACAUUUACUGUUUUAUAAACUUGGUGUGGUUGCUGAGCAGAAAGGUCUUUAUGAGCAGAUUGACUCACCUCAUCCCAAUUUGAAACGAGAUAGUGCUGAACUUUUUAUAAAAGAGGUUGUUCCACCUCUUCUUUUGUCUCUUGACAAGGAGGUACUUGUAGAUGGCCGCAUAACAAGUCUAGUAUGUAUUCGAGAUGAGUUAAUGUUGGCAACCUCAUUGGGACAUGUAUUGAGAUAUAAAUGGGAUGGGAGUCAGAACCGUGAUUACUGUUUAGAUUUAAAAAGAGUGCCAUUUUGCAUAGACCAGCAAGUAUCUAAAGCUGUGCCCAUCUUAGAAGUGAAUGUCCAUGUCAUUGACAUAGAGUAUUCUCCAUUGGUUGGUGGUUUUGCAGUUGUUCUUAGUGAUGGAAGGGCAGCUUUCCUUACAGCUCCGUCUUUGAAAUUUGACCCGAAUCAGGUGCAAGGUAUUUGGGCCCAAAGCUUAGAAGAUGCCACGUGUGCUAGUGUUAAUCACAAGUACCGACUCAUUGUGUUUGGAAGGAGAAAUUCCCAGGCUGUUGUAUAUUGUAUUGAUGAAAGCACUGGUGGUUUGGAAGUGUCACAUCAUAUUAUGUUGUCAAAUAAAGAUUAUCCAGGUUUGCCUGGACCUGUGAAAUGUAUUCGUUGGACACCAGAUGGCUGUGCUAUGGCUGUAGCUUGGGAACAGGGUGGAAUCUCCUUAUGGAGCACAUUUGGUGCUCUGCUGAUGUGCACUCUUGGUUGGGAUUAUGGCCUUAAUGUAGAUAUUUCUUGCAGUAACCCUCUACUUGUAACAAGUAUGGAAUGGUCAGCUGAGGGUUAUCAGUUGUGGUUAGUGAAACAGCAACUGAAUCAUGAUCCUGGAGGGCAGGAUGCUGAAACAGACAGUGUCAUCCAGUUGGAUUUUGUGAAAAGUGCUCUUACUGUCAACCCAUGUAUGAGUCAUCAGGGGCACCUGUAUCUUCAAGGUGGAGAUCGGACAUACAUCAAUCUUGGAGAAAAUUUAAUGAAAGUUUAUCAUCAGCAUCCUAAGGACCAACGUUCACCUCUUUACAGCUCAGGAGAAGUCUUUUUAGAUACAGAAAAUGUUACUGUUACAAGCACAUUGAUGGGCAGUAAACAGUGGAUUGUUGUUCCUAUUCCUUCUGCAUACUCUAGCACAAAUUGGCCAAUAAGAUACACAGCUCUAGAUUCAGAAGGCCAAAAUUUAGCUGUUGCAGGCCGUACUGGUUUAGCACAUUAUUCCUUAAUCAGCCGCAAAUGGAAAUUAUUUGGAAAUGAAACUCAGGAGAAAGACUUUGUGGUGACUGGUGGACUGAUGUGGUGGCGAGAGCAUUUGGUGAUGGGGUGUUACAGCAUAAUAGAAAAUAGAGAUGAAAUUCGCAUAUACCCUCGAGAAGCGAGGCUAGACAAUGCUUUUGCAAAAAUCACUAAAGUAUCAGCACAGGUACUACUUUUGAAUAUGUUCAGGGAUAAGCUUAUAAUAUUCUGUGCAAAUGGACAGCUUACUAUUUAUUCACUUCUGGCACGAGAUAACCAACCUUUGGGAGCUGUGGAAGUAACAAGACUACAGGCCUUGGAUAUCAGUGCAUUGUGUGUGCAUCCUGCUUGUGUUGUGUCUGUUACAUUAACUGCGCUACGUACAGAAAUAGGUCGUCAUGCCUCGAAAGAGUUUGAAAGUAUUAUGCUGAACAUAAGUGGAAGACUUCUUAUGGUUCAGCGAGAAAUGAAGAACGUGAAUGAAAUUAAUGAUGUCUUUCAGCCUCCAACAGUUUUGGCAUCCUGUGUUGAAAAUGUCUGGGUACCUAGGAAAUCUCGAAGAGAAAAACCUCACCUAACAGAAGCUCUGUGGUUGUUCUGUGGUUCACAUGGCAUGAGAGUUUGGUUACCAUUGUUCCCAAAAGAUGGUGACAAAUCUCAUACGUUCAUGUCAAAAAGAAUUAUGUUACCAUUUCAGCUUCGAAUUUAUCCUCUAGCUAUACUGUUUGAAGAUGCAAUUCUUUUGGGAGUUGAAAAUGAUACAAUGCUGUUUACAUCUGAUAGCAACUCACCGUUUUCUUUACCAUUUUGCCUUCUGGAGAAAACGAGCCAGGUGUAUCUACAUCAAAUCCUCAGACAACUAAUUCGUCGAAAUUUAGGCUUUCAUGCUUGGGAAAUAGCCCGAAGUUGCACUAAUCUUCCCUACUUCUCCCAUUCUCUUGAACUUCUACUACAUGAGGUUUUGGAAGAAGAAGCGACAAGUAAAGAACCUAUCCCUGAUGCAUUGCUUCCAAGUGUGAUUGAAUUCAUACAGGAAUUUCCUAUUUAUUUGCAAACUGUUGUUCAGUGUGCACGUAAAACAGAAAUCGCUCUGUGGCCAUAUCUAUUCUCAGCAGCUGGUAAACCUAAAGAUUUAUUUCAAGACUGUCUCAUGAAGAAACAUUUGGACACAGCUGCUUCAUAUUUAAUUAUUUUGCAAAACCUAGAGCAUUCAUCCGUUAGCAGACAAUAUGCCACUCUUCUGCUGAAUUCUGCACUAGACAGUUGCAGAUGGGAACUCUCCAAAGAUCUGGUUCGCUUCCUGAGAGCAAUUGAUCCCAAUGAUGUUGAAUCACCACGUGCCUCUUUUAUUUUGCCGGCCAAGUAUGGAGUUAAUACUCAGACACCACCAAUCAGUCCAAAUGAGGAAGAUUUAUCUCUUGUUUUGGGCACUAUGCAGGUUUCUCGAGGCCGUAGCUUCAGUACAACUAGUACACCUAAGAUUAAGCAAGUGGAAAGUGGAACACCCAGUGUUGGCGGGCUUCAUCACGAACUCCUGAGGUCGAAUAGUAGUGGAACAGAAAGCAGCAAAUCAGCCCCAACAAGGCGAAAAAAGUCUGUUCCUACUGGGCGUGGAGAUGAUAGAGAGUCUUCCGAGUCCGCUGAAGACUUCUUUAUUGAUGUGAUACUACAGCGCCACGCUCGACGUUUACUUUCUGCACGACAGUUGGCAGAUUUAGGACACUUCGCGGCUCAUUUGGAUUUUCAUUUAGUCACAUGGCUGGCAAAAGAAAGGGAUAGAGUUGCCAGAGUUGAAGAUUUUGUUGCUGCUUUAAAACAAUUGCAUAAUGAUUUCUCAUGGCCAUACCCAGCUCUCACUCAACCUGUGUCUUACUAUUUGCAACGAAGUAUGUCAAAUUCAGGCUCAACGCCAGCUUCGCCUGCUGUUGACAACAGCCGGAAAAGUUUCUCCAUUGACCCAGUCACAUCACAGUCUGGAAGUGGAGUUGGUGACAGUGGGUAUAUGAGUUACACAGGAGCUCAAAAUGAGGCACUUUGUGCAUUAGGUGCAGUUAUACCAACUAAAGCAGCACAUUGUUACAUUCCAAGUGUGUCAGCAAGCAAUGAUUAUCCCAGUAGUGCUGUUGUCGAAGCCCAGCUGCUUCCUCAUCUGUUACAAGAAGAGGCAAGCAUACGGAGCGAAGAAGGUUCCUAUUGGGGUGAUGACAGAGAGAGCUCAGUUCAAGAUGUUUCUAACACAACAUGGCCUGAUGUUCCAAGUGCAAAUCUACUGGAGCAACUAUCGCAGGAGCUAACUAAUAAAGGCUCAGCAAAAUCAGAAGUCCAGCUUAGGUACCUGUUACAAUUAUUUACAGAAGCCGGCUGCAUUGAGUGGGCAUUGGUAAUAUCUGUCUUGCUGCGAGAUGCUCUGGCUGUUGUACGUAUCACUAACAGCACUCGCUCUACAGAACAUUCCUAUGAAGCUGUCCUGAGGGUAAAGAAUGGUCUUGUUAGUCUGUGUCAGUGGAGCAGCAGUGAAUGCCUUGGUUAUAGGCCUUUCCUGUUAGCUGUGCAGAACCAAGUUCCAGUAUUAAGUAAAAUCUUGAGCAGCAAACAACAGUAUCUGCAACAACAGAAAAUAUUACAGCAACAGCAACAACAGCAGCAGCAUCUUCAGCAGCAACUUCAGCAGAAUCCAAGUUCACCCCAAUUACUGCCAGCUGUUGCACCUCAUUCUAGAAGGGCAAGUUCUAACGUAGAUGUCAGCAGCCAUCACAGUAGUGGUCAACAAGCAAGAACCUCCCAUUCAAGCAGUUCAGGGGGAUUCCAUGAUACGUUAAGAAAUGAAUUUCACCGUUCAGAGAGGACUCGUGAAAGAAAUUUACAUUCCGUCUUUGAUGCAAGAGGAGCUACUGAUGCAGAAAAUGAAAUACAAGAAACUGAUUCCAUAGAAGAUGGGAAAGAAGAAUCUGAGCGAUCUGUCUGCACUGUGUCAUAGUCCUGGUUGUAUUAACAUUGUAAAACAAAACACAGUUAGUAAAAGAAUGUGUGUUAUAUUUGUUUGAGUGCUGGCAUGUUGUUUUUUGUACAAUGUGCAGUGAAAUUAUCA